GCCGCCUUCUACCUGCGGCUGGAUGGAUACCAAUACCAUGGUGUUCUAGGCGUGUUAGACUCUAUGGCACGACAGGCAGUGGUAUAUCAGUACAGACGCGCACGCAGACCAGAAACAGCUGUGAGUGGGGCAGCGGCUGAGUGGUGGGGCUAUGCGUAUAGAGCCGUGGUUAUGGACAAUAAGCGGAAUCGCGUACG